AUGAUACGGCUUCUUCGAUCUUUCUCUGCUUUACCAUUACAUCGUCAACGUCAUCGACAGCCUACAACACCUUUUUACAACGUAUACUAUAGAGCCAUGGCUUCAGAAUCAACAGGCACCCACAAGGAUCCUGUUACUGGCGAGAUGAUUUCCAAGCAGGAACUUAAGCGCCGUGAAAAACAAAGAGCGAAGGAAGCCAGCAAGGCAAGCAAGGCGCUGGAAGCCCCAGCCGCCGGCAAGACGAAGGCGGAGGCAAAGCCUAGCGAGGAAGAGCUCAAUCCGAAUCAAUACUACGAGUUGCGUUCUCGUCAAAUCCUACAUCUCAAGGAAACCCAAUCGCCAAACCCUUAUCCUCACAAGUUUCAUGUAACGCGCUCAAUCCAGUCGUACAUUGAGACAUACGGCGCCGAAGGAAAACUUCCUGCUGGCGAAAGGCUCAGCGGAACCGUUGAGGGUCUUGCUGGCCGUAUUCACAAUAUCCGAGCCAGCGGUGCAAAGCUCAAGUUCUACGACUUGCACGGCGAAGGGUUCAAGGUGCAGAUAAUGGCUACACAACAAGACGCCGACGAACCCGAGAAGUUUAUUGCCUCACACGAGCACUUCCGUCGAGGUGAUAUCGUUGGUGUAGUAGGCACCCCAUCGCGAUCCAAGACGGGCGAACUUUCCAUCUGCCCUUCCUCCAUGAUCCUCCUUGCUCCCAACCUUCACCAACUCCCCUCAUCCCACUUUGGCUUGAAGGACCAAGAAACACGUUAUCGCAAGCGUUAUCUUGAUCUCAUUCUCAACGAGACCACUCGUAACCUGUUCAAGACACGUAGCAGGAUCCUUAACUACGUCCGACGCUUCUUGGACAACCUCGGCUUCAUGGAAGUCGAGACACCCAUGACAUCCAUGCUUGCUGGAGGUGCUACUGCAAAGCCUUUCAUCACGCAUCAUAACGACCUUAACUUAGAUCUAUAUCUUCGCAUUGCGCCAGAGCUUUACCUCAAGCAACUCGUUGUCGGUGGUCUUGACCGCGUAUACGAGAUUGGAAGGGUGUUCAGAAACGAAGGCAUCGACCUGACACAUAACCCCGAGUUUACCAUCUGCGAGUUUUACAUGGCCUAUGCCGACAUGGAGGAUCUCAUGGAUAUCACCGAGGCGAUGCUUGAGGGUCUAGUUGUGUCUUUGACUGGUGGCAGCACCAAGAUUAUAUACCACCCCGAUGGGAACAAGGGUCAGGAGGGCGCACGACAGCUCGAGCUGGAGUUCAAGCGGCCUUGGAAGCGGCAUGAUAUGAUUGGGACGCUCGAGGAGAAGCUUGGCGUUAAGUUCCCCCCUGGCGAGACUCUUCAUACUGAGGAGACGAACAAGUGGCUGAGGGAGCUGUGCACCAAGCAUAACGUAGAGUGCAGUGAACCUCGCACCAACGCUCGGAUGCUUGACAAGCUCGUUGGGGAGUUUAUCGAACCUCUUUGCGUCUCUCCAGCGUUCAUCGUCGGCCAUCCACAAGUAAUGUCUCCCCUCGCCAAGUGGCAUCGUUCACGCCCAGGUCUCUGUGAGCGUUUCGAGGGUUUCAUGUGCGGGAAGGAGUUCUGCAACGCCUACACGGAGUUGAACGACCCCUUCGAGCAGAGGUUGCGUUUUGAGGAGCAGGUCAGGCAGAAAGAGCAAGGUGAUGAUGAAGCACAGGGUAUUGAUGAGACUUUCAUCGACGCCCUCGAGCACGGUCUUGCCCCAACAGGUGGCUGGGGUCUGGGUAUCGACCGUCUCGUCAUGUUCUUGACCGACUCGACGAAUAUCAAGGAAGUGCUUCUUUUCCCCGCGAUGAAGCCAGUAGAGCAGGCGCCCAAUGGUGGCAACCCUGGUGGUCCACCUCUGGGCCCGUCAGGUCAGAUCUAGAAAAAGAUAUAAAAAAUGUACAUAUACGUCCACCGUUCAACAAAUCCCCACACCUGGGUCAAGUUUC